GACGACGCCUCUGCGCCCAUUGCGGGCCGGCGCUGCAAUACCUUGCUCAGCUGAGGUUCGUCACCGCCUUCGUACUGAUCCGCACUUGCAUAAACUGCACCUCGAAUGUUCUCCGUUGACCGUCUUUGUUGACUGAACGCUGCAUAGAAGCCUCCGUUUACGCGCUGCAUUGACCGCGUAUUCAGUGCCUACUGCCGCCGCUGACGUGGGCGAGGUUGCCUCCAGAGAAGUGUUGCACGUGGACAGCGCAUAUUUCCGAGACAAAUCCCUGUCUCGGCCGAGCCCCUGUGCUCCCAGCCGUUGUGGAAUAUCUUCUUUUUUGAAUAUUGUGAAUGAACUGGCUGAAUACUUCGGAUACCAAUAUGCUUGCGACUAUAUAUUUUUCAUCAGACAAGCAGGAGUAACUUGGCAUUUUUUGAGCUCUCGACAUCCAGUUGCUUCGAAACAGGCAUGAUGCCGAUUAUAAUCUGCAUCCAGUGAUUUGUGCCAAAACACGUUCUAAGAGAGCUAACUGCGAAAACAACAUGACUUCGACCGGCUUCGACGAGUCCUUGAUGACACCGUACCUCGAGCCAAGUGUGGCGAACGCCGAAGAAUGCGAGGCCCUGUACCUACAGUCAGUGUACCGCCUGGACACCCUGGACCGAGCCUGCAACGAAAUGCGCUAUCUGCUACGCGACAUGGAGGCGACAGAGCAGUGGCUGCGUGAGUUGCGCCACAAACAUUCCAAACUCGCCAAGCAGAUCAACAGCGCCCAGAUAGACCUCGACAAGGUCGACGAGCGCCAGCGAAAAUGCAACGUGGUCGUCUUCGGACUGCCGGAGACCGAAGUGGAUCCGGAAUGGUGCGGUGAGCUUGUGCUUAAGCUCGUCAACGACCACCUCAACUUCCCUCUCACAAUGGACCAGAUCGUGAGCGCGUAUAGACUGAAAUCUGCUUCGUGCCCCAGACCUAUUCUGGUGAAGCUUACUGGGGAGCCCAAGAAAUGGGAACUGCUCAGGGCAAGCGGUAGGCUUAAAGGAACGGGCAUCGGGAUGCGCGAGGACUUUUCCUACACUGUGCGUCAGCAACGCAGGCUGCUCGCCAAGAAGAUGCACGAGGAGCGGCGCGCCGGCCGCAGGGCGUGCCUGGACUGCGACACCCUCAAAGCAGAGGGUCGUGUGUUUGUGUGCGACAAGUACUGCGAGAACGUGGUCGAGGUGUCAGCUAAUGGCGUACGAGUGCAGGGCGUCGCCGGGGCUUCGGAGCUGAAGCUAGACGCGCACUGCCUGAGCCGCGACUGGCUCGAGAAGCACUCAGAGAUCAUAUCGGAGAAAAUGCGGAUUCUAAAUGGCAACUGUGGGUGAACGUGCCACGCCGUCGUCCUUGGACGAUAAACUUGUGCUUAGUUUAUUAUUUCAGUGACGAUCAUGACGCCGGUGUUGACGCUGUGUAAGUAGAUCGGAUCUGCGCAAUUGGCACAUGUUUCAAUAAAUGGUUACCACACGAUAGCGUCCGUACCAUAGUAUCACUGGUUGCAAAGAGAUUCCACUCAAAUAACAAAUUUGUAGCCAUUUAUAUUUUUAAAUGCUACCAUUAGGAUCAAGAAUAGAUCCCAAAUGGAAUGAACUAAAGCCAAUUGUAUUUGUAUGAACCAGUUGGACUGUCCAAUUGGAUUCACUUGAACGAAUUGGAGAGCUCAGUUAUUUAUAAAAUUUCUAGGGUGCAGCUCAGUUCCAACGGCAUCCACUCGGAAUGUAGUGGGACUCUAAGGCAAAUAUUAAGUCAAAAUAAAGUAUUAGGUUAAUGCCUGAAUACGAUUGAGGCGUCUACCGAGAACGGAGCUUUAGUAAGCGAGAAAUUGAGGUAAACAUAACACAUGAUUUGUGACUCUACCGGGACAAUCCACUAAUAGCACGAUGACGCCGCAACGCCACGUUUUAAUGUUGUCACUAAUGCUCAACCACUAACAAUAAAAAGAUCACUUGGAUUAUUAGAUUUUAGUAGAUUGCAUUAUGAGAUGGAAGAAAACGCUGCUUCUCCACUUAUGUUGCAUUCUUAGAAUAAAGACCUCAUUGGACGAU